GUGCCGUACCUAUUUCUCCUACUCUCUAAGUUUCGUUUCAUUAAUCGUGUAAUCUGUGAAAGCGCGAUGCUGUUUGUUGUGAUAAGAGUGACAAAACGAUAGCGAAAUUGAUAAGAAACUGAUACUGAUGUUUACUUAUUACCGGAAUUUUGUGUAAACAAAUCAAAUCCCAACAGACGCUUCUGAUAAAAUAAUUACAGGUGCUAUGAAGAUGAAAUUAAAAAUACUUUUGGCGAUAUGUCUAGUCAUAAACUACGUAAAAGCACAACAAGUUAAUGUACCAGAAAACCCGUAUACUCAAUAUGACGCAAAUGGAGUAUCAUCGACGACGAGUAGAUACGGAGAUUUGAAUCCUUAUAGUCAGGAUCCGGAUAAUCCGUACAAUCAAAAUAAUCCCCAAGAUUCCCUUGAUCCGUAUGGAAACAGAGAUCCGUAUGGAGAUGGAAAUAGGGGACAAGGCAGUACUUUCAAUAGAGGACGAAACGAUUUUAACAACAGAGGAAAUGAAUACGCACCCUAUGGUCCUAAUCAGUAUGGAAAUACUGCCGGUGGAAAUUAUAACGAUUUCUUCGAAAGUGAUCGACGACCUUUUAAUGCUCAUACAACUAUAAUCAGAGAGGCAACCUAUUUUGUUGUUGCAUCUAAAAUGGUCAGACCAGGACAACUAUACAGGGUCUCAGCGACUGUACUCAAAGAAACACAACCUAUAACAGUCAGAGCUUCUAUACAAAGAAAUGGAGUUGAGAUGUCUUCAGAUCACAAAAAGGUUAAAGAGGGUAUACCCGAAACCCUAUUAAUGAGGGUUCCAAGUACAAGUGCUCCUGGAGAAUAUAAAUUAAGAGUGGAAGGUUUAUAUGAUGAUGUGUUAGGAGGUGCUCAGUUUGUUAACGAAACAGUAUUAACAUUUUCUCAAAGAUCCAUGACCAUAUUUAUACAAUUAGAUAAACCAGUUUACAUGCAGGGCGAAACAGUACAUUUUCGAACUAUACCCAUCAAUACAGAAUUAAAAGCAUUCGAUGACGCUGUAGAUGUUUAUAUGUUGGAUCCAAAUGGAUACAUAAUGAAGAGGUGGCUGUCCAGGCAGUCGAACUUAGGAACAGUUAGUUUGGAUUACCAACUUUCCGACCAACCCGUAUUUGGUGAAUGGAAAAUUAGGGUUAUCGCUCAAGGACAAGUUGAAGAAUCUAUUUUUUUGGUAGAGGAGUAUUAUCAAACGAGAUUUGAGGUCAAUAUCACAAUGCCAGGAUUCUUUUUGAAUACAGAACCCUUCAUUUAUGGAAUUAUCAUGGCAAAUUACACUAGUGGUGCUCCCGUGCGGGGAAAUUUAACACUAAAAGCCACCGUUAGACACAUUAAACCAAUAGAUCCGAAUCAAAACUUACGAAAGCAUAGAGUCAGGCCGACUGACCGUUACAAUAAUCAAAACCAGUAUCAAUAUGAUCGUAAUAGACCAUACGAUAUCAACAAUCAGCCAUAUGAGCCUAUUUAUGAUAAUUUUGAUGAGCAAGGUAAUAACUACAAUAGACCUAUUAUGGAAAAAUAUUUUGUAUUUGAUGAGGAAAUGCCGUUCUGGAUAAAACCUCCUGUCAACUAUUACGAGCCUAUACCUACUAUGAAGUUUUUCGAAGGAGUUUAUGAAUUCAAAUAUCCAAUUCAAGAAUUGUUACAUUAUGUCCCAACGCUGGAAGGUGUAGAAAUAGUGAUCACUGCUACAGUUGGUGAUAGAUUUUUGGAUGAAGUAAUAGAAGGUUUCUCAACUGCUAGGAUUUUUAACUCCAGUAUUAAACUACAGUUUUUGGGUGGAUCUCCACAAGUUUUCAAACCAGGAAUGCCCAUAACUACCUAUAUUACUGCUUCAUAUCAUGACGGUUCACCUCUAUCAAAACAAAUCCUUGAAAAUAGCGUAGUGGAGGUUAGUACAUCUGUAGAUUCCAGAGGAGGAGGAAGACGAGAUGUUCCUAUUGAUACUCUUUACCAAUCUGAUGAUCAUCCUGGUGUCUGGGAAUAUAAAUUAGACCUUAAAAGAGAUCUUGGAGUUAGUGGACCAAAAGCAUAUGAAGAACUAAGUCAACUAAGUGUAGUAAAGAUGCAAGCCGUGUUUAAAGAUGGUUACAGUGGGCAGCGGGCUACUGCAGACUUGCUUAUGUUAGCGCAUUAUAGUCACACUGAUCAGCAUAUAAAAGUUAUUACCAGUACCGUUGAUCCCAGAGUUGGAGAAUACAUGAUUUUCCACAUCAGAAGUAACUUUUUCAUUGAAAAAUUCAGUUACCUUAUUAUUUCCAAGGGAAUCGUAUUAGUAACCGGAGAUCAAGAUAUGGAUGAUUACGUCAGCACAAUGGCGAUCGCCUUAAGUGCUGAAAUGGCUCCAGUCGCAACCAUUGUUGUAUGGCAUAUUGGUCAUAGUGGAGAUUUAACAGUAGAUAGUUUAACUUUCCCUGUCAAUGGACUUAGCAGAAAUAAGUUUAAAGUAUUCAUCAACAAUAAGAAGGCUAGAACUGGACACAAGGUAGAAGUAGCCAUUUAUGGCGAACCCGGAUCUUAUGUCGGGUUGUCAGGUAUAGAUCGAGCUUUCUACACUAUGCAAGCAGGAAAUGAAUUAACUUACGCCAAAGUUAUAUCGAAAAUGUCUACUUUUGAUGAACAGACAAAUGGUACACACAAACAAAUUUGGUCUUCUCAUGAAGGUUUUCCCGAUGAAAUCGUUCACUUCCCAAGUAGUACAUUUGGUAUCGAUGCUAACAGAACUUUCGAAUAUGCUGGAUUGGUAGUUUUUAGUGAUUUUGCAUUACCUAGGAGACGUAGCCUUUGUAAUAUUACUAACGGAUACGGAGAAUGCCUUAAUGGCCAAUGUUACAGAUUACAGAAAAGAUGCGACUUUUACAGAGAUUGUGAAGAUGGUACGGAUGAGUCUGGAUGUAAUUAUGAUAAUGGAACAGAAUUACAGUUGUUUAGGAAAUUUAGAUUCAAUCGAAUUCAGCGUCAGUACGAAAAUGUAUGGGUUUGGAAAGAUGUAAAUAUCGGUCCACAUGGAAGAUAUAUUUUUAAUAUACCAGUACCACCAAGGCCAGUCCAUUGGAUGAUAUCAGCGUUUUCUAUGAGCCCGUCGCUAGGUUUUGGAAUGAUUUCGAAAGCUAUUGAAUACGUGGGAGUGUUACCAUUCUUCAUAAAUGUCGAAAUGCCAAAUACAUGCAUGCAAGGAGAACAGAUCGGUAUUCGUGUAACUGUAUUUAACUACAUGACAGAAUUCAUGGAAGCUACAGUGGUGUUGAAUGGAUCGCCCGAUUAUAAAUUUGUACAUGUUGAAGAGAAUGGUAUUGUUAGAGCUUACAAUCCAAGAACAUCCUUUGGAGAACAUCAAUUUUUCAUAUUCAUCAAGGAACAAGAUGCUGCUGUUGUCUACAUACCAAUCGUGCCUACAAGACUUGGCGAUAUUGAUGUCACAAUUCACGCUUCUGCCCUUAUUGGCAAAGACCAAAUAACUAGAAGAAUUCGUGUAGAAUCUGAUGGUUUACCUCAAUACAGACAUCAAUCUAUGUUACUUGACCUUAGUAACAGAGCCUAUGCAUUCCAAUACAUGCACGUGAAUAUUACAGAAACUCCUAUAAUUCCGUAUGAAUACGAUCGUUACUACGUAUAUGGAUCUAACAAAGCAAGAAUAUCUGUUGUGGGUGAUGUAGUCGGAGCUGUAUUUCCAACUAUGCCUAUAAAUGCUACUUCCUUAUUGCAUUUACCAAUGGAUUGUGGCGAACAAAAUAUAUUCUCCUUUGCUGUGAACAUGUACACAAUUUUAUAUAUGAGAUACACACAAAUUAGAAAUAGGAGUAUAUCUCGAGAUGCUUUUCACUACAUGAAUAUUGGAUAUCAAAGGCAGUUGUCUUUCAUGAAACCCGAUGGAUCCUUCAGUACUUUUAGAAGCGAUUGGAACCAAUCAUAUUCUUCUGUUUGGCUUACCUCUUAUGUUGCCAGAGUAUUCCAAGAGGCGAGUUUUUACGAAUGGGAAAAUUAUAUAUACAUCGAUCCAGCGGUCAUCGCCAAAUCUGUAGAAUGGGUAUUAAAACACCAAAACGAAGAUGGAGCCUUUUGGGAAGAAGAUUGGUUACCGGAUAGAAAGUAUAAUUCUACCCUUAAUUUUGAUAAUGAUCCAAUUCGAUACAGAAACAUCACUCUUACUGCGCAUGUUCUUAUUAUGUUAGAGUCCGUAAAGGAUUUGACAAGUGGCCUUAGUUCUAAAGUAGCUAUAGCAGCAAAGAAAGCAAUAAUGUGGUUAGAAAGAAACAUGGAGCUGAUAAACGAGAGAGGUUCAGCUUUCGAAGUUGCAAUAGUCGCUUAUGCUCUUAUGAAAAGUAAAGCUGCUAGUGCUGAAAUAGCUUUUAUCGAACUUUCUAGUCGACGACGUUCUGAAGGUGGUCUAUUAUAUUGGGGUCGAAAAACAGUUCCCCAGCCUCCGCACAAAGUUGAAAAUCAAAAGCCAUUCUCGCUUCCUAGAUUGCCUUACGAAUACGAUUCAGAGAAUAUUGAAGCAACUGCAUAUGGUCUUAUGGUAUAUGUAGCCAGACACGAACAAGAAGUCUUGGUCGAUAAUAUUGUUCGAUGGUUGAACACUCAAAGGUUAACCGAUGGAGGGUGGGCUUCUACUUCAGAUACUGCGAAUGCCAUGAAGGCUCUUAUAGAGUAUACCUCAGCUCAACGUAUUCGUGAUAUAUCGAGUCUUUCUGUAACGGUAGAGGCCACUGCACUUCCUGGUCAAACACAGACGUUAUAUGUUAAUGAUAAAAACUGGGCAAAUCUGCAGUAUCUUGAUAUUCCCAACGCAUGGGGUACUGUCAAAGUGCAAGCUAAAGGAACGGGUUAUGCUAUAUUGCAAAUGUCUGUGCAAUACAAUGUUGACAUAGCAAGAUUUCAAACGAAACCACCCGUACCAGCAUUUGAUCUUUGGACUAAGCAGUAUUUCUAUGGAAGAAAUCAGUCUCACAUAACAUUUGUGAGUUGUCAAAGGUGGAAUCAUCUAAACGAAUCGGAAAGAUCUGGCAUGGCAGUUCUUGAUGUGACCAUUCCAACUGGAUACAUUAUACAGCAGCAAGAUUUAGAUGCUUACAUUUUAUCUUCAAGAGUGAGAAAUUUACAACGAGCAAGAUUUUUCGAAAGAAAAGUAGUGUUUUACUUUGAUUAUCUUGACUACCAUGAGACCUGUAUCAAUUUUACUGUUGAAAGGUGGUAUCCUGUAGCCAAUAUGUCAAGAUAUUUACCUAUAAGGGUAUACGAUUAUUAUGCUCCAGAACGAUUCAACGAAACUAUCUUCGAUGCCUUAUCAUCCUACGUCCUGGAUAUAUGCCAAGUCUGCGGUAGCAGUCAGUGUCCAUAUUGUGACAUUUACAACACGGCAACGUUUGUAUAUGUAUCACAAAUUCUUGUAGCUUUUGCUAUGUUAUUGACAAUAAGGAAUCUCAUUUAAAUCCAAAAUUUAUUUGUAAAAUUGUAAAUAGUUUUGUUUGAACUUUGUGUAGUAUAAAAGUAUAGUGCCUAUGUAAAAAGAUCUGAAGAUAUUGUGAGUUGAGGUAGGUUAUAUACACCUAAAUACGCUCUCUGUAGGAUUGUAGUCAUUAAAAAAUAAAAUAUUAACAUGGAUAGAAUGGUUUACACAUAUUUUCUGGUAAUUUUUUUCAGUUCACUUAAAGUACAGACAACAAAUACAAGUUAAUUCCUGUAUUAUAAUUUUUAAACAAAGUAGUUGCAAUGCAGUUCAUAUUCAACUUUUGAUCUAACAUUAGCCACUAAAAUAGAAUAGAAAAUAAAAUAUUUGUCAAUUAUUUAGAAUGUUUCUAACUGUCUCUAACUAAUUCUAAUUGUUAAUAUUUCAUUACGUAUUGUAAUGCAUCUUAUUUUUUAAUGACUAUAAAAUUUAUGAAAUAAGAUCAAAUAAUUCAAAAGUUUUCAGGGCUUCUAAAUAUUUUAUUUCGGAAUCUUUUUGAAACUCAAGCGCUUGGAACAAAAAUAAUUUAUAUAUGCAUAAUAGCAUUUCUGUUGACUGCAUUUAAUUUACAAGAAUGUUCAACACGAUCACACUUUUGUAUUGACAUGAUAUGUCAUAAUGACAUAUGAAAUAAGUAAAAAAUUGAUGUUUUUGUGUGGGUCAAUGAUAUUAAUUAUCAACACGUUGAGCAUAUUUCAAACAAUAUAAAUAAAAACGAAAUAUUCCUAUUGACUGAUAAUACUAUUAUAAAUUCAUAUUUCAACUUGUUACUGUCCAUAUAUACCUUCUUAUUUAAAUAUUACCCCCAUAUCAGAGCGGAUUUAAUACUAGUUGUGGCCCACAUAAACCCCGGAAUUCUCUGUUCAAACAUGGUAAUUAUUGGAUAUUAUUUGUGACUGCUGUUAUUUUCUUAACAUAAAUAUUAGUGGAAUAUAAAUGUUAUAAUAAUUUUUAAGAUACUCGUAUUAAGUUUCAUUUUGAACUGCUUACCAUUUAUACACGCUGUAAUAAAAGUUAUAUAAAUGUUUAUAUAAUUGAUAGAAACAUAUUUUUUCUUCGUGUUAACAAUAAUAUGUUUGCCGAACUUCGUCAAACCUUUGGCUAAGAUCCACAAAUGUUAUUAUGUAUGUAAUUAAAAAGUUCAUUUAGUAAAAAUAUGCAAUGUUUUUGUUCCAGAAUGUUUUGCUAUAUUCAGUUGGAAAUUCCGCCCACAUGUAAAAGCAUAAAAAAAUCAAAAUGAAAUUCAAAACUUAGAUUUACUUAAUACGAUAUACAGACUGUAAUUUACUUAAAAACUUUUUUAUAUAAAAUAGAGGACAUAACUACGAAGAAAUAUUUUUGAGACAGCCCUUGAAAUCUUUGUUGUAGACAUAAUAUUGUUGAACUUAAACUGAAAAUUUUAUUACUUUAUUUUAUAAUUAAGUGUGUGAAUGUUCAUAGGUUAAUAAGUUCAGUGAAAAUCUUGUGGACGAUUUUUUAAGCAUUUGGAACCUUCUUAUGGUCCAUGAGAUUCAUGCAGCUCUACAAAACCUCUACUAUGUGUAAGAAUCGUCUUUAAUAUAGAUUUUUUAAGAACACAUUUCGCAUCAUAUCAUACCUAAGAUAUAAGAUAUAGUUUGUUUUUUAAAGUUUGAUAAAAACUUUCAAUUUACAAUUUUUCAUUAUUAAGGUACUUUUACUUAACUUUGUGUUCAUAAUUCUACGCAAAACUUUCAAUUAUCGUAUUAGUACAAAUAAAUUUGCAGCAUCUACACCACUCGCUGUAUGUUUAGACAUAUAGUUUACUAGAUACUCGCUAAUAGACUAACUUGAUCAACUGAUUUAGUAAGUGAUAUAUUGUUAUUAUUUUAAGGAAUUAAUAUUGUUGUCGAGCUCUUUUUUGAAUAAUAUUUGCAACUCAUCCAAUUCGAUUGAAAGAAAAAAUCGUUUUAAUUGAAUUUUCAUAACCUCGUGAGAGAACCAAAAAUUUGGCAUGGUUUUUUAAUUGGCAUAAAGUAUGAACUCAUAUUAUACACACCAUAUGCCAUCGUUUGGCUCUUUUUAUAUCACCAGUACCAUAGGUUGAGUUCUAUCCAAUAGUAGAAAACAACAGAUCAGUAGGAACCUGUGUCGUGCGAUCACGAAUUACUUGUAAACUCUCGAUAACCGCCUAGUUGAGGUUGAUGCAACGCAAAAAAUCAAUUAUCUGAUAAUUUCGGUUUUAAAAAUCUAACUAUUCAAAUGCGUUUCUUAGCCUAAUAUGAAUUAAAGAUAAGAUUAAAUGUCGUCAUGUACGACAUAAUAAUCAGAACUAAAUUAACUGUUUUAGGUGAUAAAAAAAAUUAUCUCAGGAUGAAUCUGAAUUACAGCAAACUUCAUUUCGAUUUGCCUGAUUUCUCUGAUCGACGAAACGAUCGAACACUCAACAUUGAUUCAGUGUCGUAUCUGCGAGGUGUUAGUUAAUGUCAACUGCUAUUCAGAUACACUUGCAUCCGUCGCGGUUUCAUCAUCAUCAUAAGUGGCUCGAUAAUCCGUUGUGGAUCUUGGCCUGCUCGCAAAGAAGUCGCCACUCCUGUCGAUUCCUGGCAACUUCUCUCCAUCUUCUAACCCUUAGAAUCUGUAGGUCUUCUUCCACAUCAUUCAUCCAUUUCAUUCGUGGUCGUCCUCUGCUUCUUGUGCCCUCUGGUUUUGAAAAUCUUAAUCUCUUCGUGAUCUGACAUUCUAGAUGUGCCCAGCCAAUCUAAGUCUCUGCACUUUGACGAAUUUCACAAUAUCUGGAUCAGUGUAUAAUUAAUAUAGUUCAAAGUUGUGUCUUCGACGCCAUAGCC